AAAACUUGGAUUUUACAGAGGACUUGCCUGGUGUGCCUGAAAGUGUGAAGAAGCCCAUAAAUAAACAAGGAGAUAAGUCAAAGGAAAAUACCAGAAAGAUUUUUAGUGGCCCCAAACGGUCACCUACAAAAGCUGUAUAUAAUGCCAGGCACUGGAACCAUCCAGACUCAGAAGAACUUCCAGGGCCACCAGUAGUGAAACCUCAGAGUGUCACAGUGAGGCUGUCUUCAAAGGAACCAAAUCAAAAAGAUGAUGGAGUUUUUAAGGCUCCUGCACCACCACUCAAAGUGAUAAAAACUGUGACAAUACCUACUCAGCCCUACCAAGAUAUAGUUACUGCCCUGAAAUGCAGAAAAGAAGACAAAGAAUUAUACACUGUUGUUCAGCACGUGAAGCACUUCAAUGAUGUGGUGGAAUUUGGUGAAAAUCAAGAGUUUACUGAUGACAUUGAGUACUUGUUAAGUGGCUUAAAGAGUACUCAGCCUCUAAACACACGUUGCCUUAGUGUUAUUAGCUUGGCUACUAAAUGUGCCAUGCCAAGUUUUCGAAUGCACCUGAGAGCACAUGGAAUGGUUGCAAUGGUCUUUAAAACAUUGGAUGAUUCCCAGCACCAUCAGAAUCUGUCCCUCUGUACAGCUGCCCUCAUGUACAUAUUGAGUAGAGAUCGAUUGAACAUGGAUCUUGAUAGAGCAAGCCUAGAUCUAAUGAUCCGACUUUUGGAACUGGAACAAGAUGCUUCAUCAGCUAAGCUACUAAAUGAAAAAGACAUGAACAAAAUUAAAGAAAAAAUCCGAAGACUCUGUGAAACUGUACACAAUAAGCAUCUUGAUCUAGAAAAUAUAACGACUGGUCAUUUAGCUAUGGAGACAUUGCUGUCCCUUACUUCUAAACGAGCAGGAGACUGGUUUAAAGAAGAACUUCGGCUUUUGGGUGGUCUGGAUCAUAUUGUAGAUAAAGUAAAAGAAUGUGUGGAUCAUUUAAGUAGAGAUGAGGAUGAAGAGAAACUAGUAGCCUCGUUAUGGGGAGCAGAGAGAUGUUUACGAGUUUUAGAAAGUGUAACAGUGCAUAAUCCAGAGAAUCAAAGCUACUUGAUAGCAUAUAAAGAUUCACAACUCAUUAUUUCAUCAGCUAAAGCGUUACAGCAUUGUGAAGAACUGAUUCAGCAGUAUAACCGUGCUGAGAACAGCAUAUGCAUAGCUGACAGUAAGCCUUUGCCUCAUCUGAAUGUAACUAACCACGUGGGUAAAGCAGUGGAGGACUGCAUGCGGGCCAUCAUUGGGGUACUGCUCAAUUUAACUAAUGAUAAUGAGUGGGGCAGUACCAAAACAGGAGAACAGGAUGGCCUCAUUGGCACAGCGAUGAACUGUGUGCUUCAGGUUCCAAAGUACCUACCUCAGGAGCAGAGAUUUGAUAUUCGAGUGCUGGGCUUGGGCCUCCUGAUAAAUCUGGUGGAGUACAGUGCUCGGAAUCGACACUGUCUUGUCAACAUGGAAACAUCCUGUUCUUUUGAUUCUUCCUUCUGUAGUGGAGAAGGAGAUGAUAAUUUAAGGAUAGCUGGACAAGUUCAUGCUGUUCAGGCUUUAGUGCAGUUAUUCCUUGAGCGAGAGCGAGCAGCCCAGUUGGCAGAAAGUAAAACCGAUGAGUUGAUCAAAGAUGCUCCCACCACUCAGCAUGAUAAGAGUGGAGAGUGGCAAGAGACCAGUGGAGAAAUACAGUGGGUAUCAACUGAAAAGACUGAAGGAACAGAAGAAAAACAUAAGAAGGAGGAUGAUGAUGAAGAACUUGACCUCAACAAAGCCCUUCAACAUGCUGGCAAGCACAUGGAGGAUUGCAUCGUGGCCUCCUACACGGCACUGCUUCUUGGGUGUCUCUGCCAGGAGAGUCCAAUCAAUGUAACCACUGUGCGGGAAUACCUGCCAGAUGGAGACUUCUCAAUAAUGACAGAGAUGCUCAAAAAAUUCCUAAGCUUCAUGAAUCUUACUUGUGCUGUUGGAACAACAGGCCAGAAAUCUAUCUCUAGAGUGAUUGAAUAUUUGGAACACUGCUAGCUGCUUUACCUUUGCUUCAGGUGCUCAGUAAUGCUGGAGCUAUCCUUAGACAAAGAGAAGUUACGAAAGAAGCCCUUGAAGAUUACCAAGAGCAUUCAUCAGUAUCAUUGGUGUUUGGAUUUUUAAGACCACCUGAUUUCUUCGUCACGCAUUCUGCAUUUGCUAAAUGACAGUUACUACAUCAAUCUGCAACUAUCAAAAAUGAGGGAAAAGGUUCAGUCUGUUAAAAAUUCCAUGCAGUAUUUAAAUACACUUACUUGGCAGAGUUUAUACCCUCCCCCUUGUUUUCUUGCUUGAUUGCGGGCAAGUUUUAAGGGGAAAAUUUGUGCUGCUGUUAGUGCAACUGCUGUGUAUGCUGAGCCACUGUUGUCAUGCCAGCCAGGUGCAAAGGCAGCUUAGCUACUGAGGUGUCGAAUGUUCUGAGGACAUUCUAGACAGCAGCUUAGUUCCUUUUUCAGGCUUAUUUGCUUUUGCUUUUUUGUUGAAUGAUUCCAAUCGUAAAUAAAGCUUUUAAUAAUUUUGUGAAUUUUUUGUUGUUGUUCCCUGAACUACUGUCUAUAUUUAAAAUUAGAUGGAAUCCAAAGACACAAGGGAUUAAUAGUAUAUUUUUUUAUUCUUGAUUAGGUUUGGGUAUUAAACUAUUUUUCACUUUUAAGACCACAACCAUAUUCAAUAUCAUACCAUGAUGUGUCAUAGCGAUAGACACAAGAAAACAAGUAACAAUUUGAGGAAAUACUGUAUGAUGAUGUGCCCUGUUAAAGGAUUAAAGCAAAGUAGACAAACCCAGGAUAGUUUACACUUAAUGCUAGGGAGGCUCUUGAAACACUGUUUUUAAGGGAGAGUCUCUAGAUAUAUUUUCUAAUGUUCAGUACAGUAAAUAUAAGGAAGCUAAAACACCAAUGUGGAAUUCAUGUUUCCAGAUAGCAUGUAUAUUCUUCUACAGAGUGACAGGAUCAAUUGCAUAAACACAAAGCCUUAAAAUUGCUGGUGUGGAGACCCUUUUUUUCAUUCAGAUUCUUUGUUCAUAGAGCAGUUGUUUGAAAAACAGUUGUAGAACACACAGAACACGUUUUAUAGACUUAAUUUCACAACAUUGCAAAGUUUUCUUGUGUACUCAGACCACUGAUGAUACUUUUUAACUUUUUUUUUUUUUUUUUUUUUUCAAUCUGUUGGGUCUGAGGACAGGCUUUCUAGAGGUUUGUUUCAUUAAUACUUUUAAUUACCUUUUAGGUAGUUGCAUCAUGUUUCUUCAUUGGAUUUGUAAAACUUGAAGCCAUAAAAAUAUUAGUUUGGUGUGUAUUGGGGAAAAUAGCUAAAAGUCUAAUUUUUACCCAGUUAGACUUUGUUAUUUCCUUGUAUAAAGUGAUGAACCCGGGCUCUUGUAUCAGUGCCAGCUGUAAUGUUUUUAAGCAGUGGCUGCCUUCUUUCGUCUUCCUAUUUUUGAUAAUGCAGAUUGUUGGGAAAUCUAUAAGGAAGUAACUGAUGCCAGGCAAAUUGUUUUCUUCCUUCUCCCCACCCAAGCCCUACCCAUCACCUUUUGAGAAUACAGUAUGCCAGUGUAAUGUGGGAAAGACUGAGAUUAUAUUUGCCCUGAGUAUAAAACUAACUUAGCAAACUGUUUUAAAAGCAUGUCAGUAAAUGAUAUCCUUAAAAUUAGUUAGAUAUAUUUUGUUUAAUUAUUUUAAAUAUCUUGGUAUUUAUUAAUCAUUGAAUUUAGGGAAAUGAACAGAUUUUUGGUAAAACUGACUGUGGCAGAUGGUAAAGAAUAUUCAACAUUUGGAUGAGAUCAAUCAGGGUGAACUACAUUUUUCUGUUACACUGGUAAUCAUUUGAGAGUUGAUUUACCUCAGUGUUUAACAGUUGUUUUGUUUUGUUUUUUAAAUAAUAACUAAUUGUCAAGCACUGAGAGAGAUGCAGGUUUUGGUGGGGAAGGUGGGGGCAGCAUCACCUCACCAACUGCAGUGCAUUUGUGUGUUUUAACCCUCAGAGAACUCUCAUUUUAGGGUACUUGAGGCUGACUUGCAAAUUAACUAAAGUUUUAAAGUAACCUUUUUUUCCAUUGUAAAUAUUUCUGUAAAUACUACCAAUUGGAAAUUAGAACAGUAGAGUACUUUUCUGAAUCCAAUCCUAUUUUUAUUUUAUACAGUAUUUCUCAGCUGUGAUCUUUGGAGCAAAAGCCAACGGCAGGAAAAAAUAGUUUGUACCAGUUUCAUGAAGUAUGUCUUUGGGUUUUUGUAAAUAAUUUUAACUCAAAUAAAAUUGCUACUUUCAAUACA